GAGACAGAUGAAUGGCAGUUGGGCUAAGUUAAAGCCCUCAUACAUAGAUCACACCAGUAGUAUAUAUAAACAUCUUGGUAAGUCUCUCAAACAGCAAGUUUGCGUAUUCCCACAUAUUCAUCUCUCAUUAGAACGUGAAAGAAUGGGUGGCCCUUUAACUCUUGAUGCAGAGGUUGAAGUCAAGUCUCCUGCAAACAAAUUCUGGGUGAGCAUGAGAGACUCCAGCAACCUGUUCCCUAAGAUCUUCCCCGAACAGUACAAGAAUAUCGAAGUUCUUGAAGGAGAUGGGAAGGCUGCUGGCUCCAUUCGCCUCAUCACGUAUGGUGAAGGUUCUCCACUCGUUAAAGUAUCAAAGGAGAAGAUUGAUAACGUGGAUGAAGCAGACAAGCUCGUGACCUACAGCGUUAUAGGCGGAGAUCUCCUGAAGUUCUACAAGAAUUUCAACGGCUCCAUCAAGGUAAUUCCUAAAGGAGACGGAAGCUUGGUGAAAUGGUCGUGCGGGUUUGAGAAGGCCAGCGAAGAAAUUCCUGAUCCCCACAUAAUCAAGGACUUCGCAAUCCAGAAUUUCAAAGAGCUCGAUGAGUUCAUCCUCAAGGCGUAGACACCGCCAAUCGUCUAUUUGGAUUUGCGCUAAAUAUCAAGUAAAUAAUGUGGAGUUGGACUCUGCAACUUUCAUAUGCAUCUACUAUGAGAUUCUCCGGGCGGUCUCUGUUCGUAUUUACUUAGUGUUGGUGGGUUUUCUAUU